AUGGACCGCGCCGCAGACGGCAGUGCAACACUCCACGACGACAAAUCUCAAGCGCCUUCUGCUUCGACUACCGCAUCGAUACACAGCUCACAACAACAACAAGCCCAGCAAGAUGCGAUACAAGAGAAGGCGCAACAAGUUACUGAAGGUCAGGCUGACGAGAGCGGGAAUGCAGGAGCACCGCUGGAGCCGUCGAAGAGUCGACCAAGCAUAAAUAAUGCGGCCGCAAUACCUAAUGGCGGUCUGACGGCAUGGCUGCAAGUGCUUGGGGCUUUCUUCUUGGGCAUAAUCAAUACUUUCGGAUCCUACCAAGCAUACUACGAAACUGACCUCCUCACCAGCUCCACACCCAGCGCCAUAUCAUGGGUAGGGUCAAUACAAGCUUUCCUCCUCCUCGUAGUAGGCAUGAUCUGCGGCCCACUUUACGACAGAGGCCACUUUCGCCUUCUCCUCAUCGGCGGCUCCUUCCUGCUCGUCUUCGGCCAAAUGAUGCUCUCUCUCUGCCAUGAAUACUAUCAAGUUCUCCUCGCGCAGGCAAUUUGCAUUGGCUUCGGCUGCGGUUGCCUUUUCAUCCCUUCCGUGGCCAUCCUGAGCACUUAUUUUACUACUAAGAUUGCGACCGCCAUGGGCAUCGCCGCAAGCGGGAGCUCUCUCGGAGGUGUAAUAUACCCAAUCGUCUUCCACAGACUCCUCCCGCAAAUCGGCUUCGCCUGGACCACCCGUGUAAUCGGCUUCAUCGUCCUGGGCACAAUGAUGAUCCCCAACUUGGUGAUGCGCGUGCGCGUGCUCCCUGCGAAGUCGCGCAGCCUGUUCGAUUUCCCCGCCUUCAAGAUGCCCGCGUACAGCCUCAUGGUGGCCGGCUUCUUCGUCGGCUUUAUGGGACUCUACAUGCCAUUCUUCUACGCGCAGGUAUACGCACUGACCGACCACAUCACCAACACUAAUUUAAGUUUUUACCUCCUCGCCAUCAUGAACGCGACCUCCGUCUUCGGACGUAUUAUCCCCAACUACCUUGCUGACAAACUCGGCCCUUUCAACGUCGUCAUACCCUGCACGAUUCUGUCCGGUGUCCUGUGUUUCUGCUUCAUCUCUGCAAAAUCGGCCGCAGGCAUCAUCGUGCUCAUGGCGUUCUACGGGUUCUUCAGCGGGACAUUUGUUUCCCUGCCGCCGACGAUUAUUGUGCAUUUGAGCUUGAAGGAGAGGGGAAAGAUUGGGACAAGGCUGGGACAGAGUUUCGCCGUUGUGGCGGUCGGGCUGCUGGUCGGCACGCCUUGCGGCGGCGCGAUUCUGGAUCGGAGCGGGUUUUGGGCAGUGUGGGUGUAUGGUGGGGUUAUGCUGUUGGCGAGUGCAGUGUUGUUGUGGGCGGCGAGGGUGGCGCAUAGGGGGUGGAAUUUGAGCGUGAAGGCUUGA